GAAAGUUAAGUUUCAGAAGCAGGGAGGAAAGUAGGGAAACGAAAGUUAAGUUCUGCAUCUCCUGCAUAUCUUCCUGUACACAACUGGACAUUACAAAAACAUUCUACCUGAACUUGAUUGGUCGCACGGGAUGGAGCCGAGGAUGGCUUUUAUUUAGAGGUUUAAGUGGCGGCAGGUCUUACACAUUGAGCGGUUUCCCCACCCUGCAGUGGCCUGUGAGAAUCACCUGGAGGAAGAGGAGGAAGAGACGCAGCCCAGACAACGGUGAGGCAGAAAUAGAAGCAGUUCUAACCUGGGAAAUCUGUUCAGGCUCUCUUCAUUUUUUUUUUUUUUGAAUUUGAUUUUUAUUAUAACAUAUAGUGAUACAAUCGGUACAUUUUCGGUUCAUUGGUGCAAUUAUAUACAUAUAUACAUCUACAUGCAUUAUUGCUUGUCUUUUGUUGAUAUUGUUUCUUGAAGCUAGAUUUAAUUUCAAUACACUUAAAGAUAAUAGUGCUCAACUCUCUAAGACUAAAUAUAAUACUAUUCAUAUAGAUUUUGUUAAUUAGUUAAUAUUUAAUCUCUAUUACCUUCUUUAUUUCUUUCCCCCAUCCAUUCGUACCACAUGUCCCACACGCUAUAAAAUUCUGAAUCUUCUCUGUCAUUAAUUUCUGAAGUCAAUUUGUUCAUUUCGGCGCACUCCAAUAUUUUUCCAAUAACAUGUUCUUGAGGUGGUAUUUGUUUUUCUUUCCAAUACUGGGCAAAGGAAGUUCUAGCGGCUGUCAGAAUAUGUAUAAUUAAAUACUUUUUCUUUUUUGCAUAUUCAGUUUUCAAAAUUCCCAGAAGAAAAGCUUUUGGGUCGAAAUCAAAAUUUUCUUUUAUUAUUUCUCUAAUCCACACCCAUAUCAUCCUCCAGAAUUUUUGUGCCUGAUUACAUGUCCACCAGCAAUGAUAAAAAGUACCCUGCUGAUGGUCACAUUUCCAACAUUUAGGGCUCGAAUUGGGGUAGAUCUUCGCUAUCCUAGCUGGGGCCAUGUGCCAUCUAUAAAACAGCUUGUAUUGGUUUUCCUUAUAAGCCGUCGCCUUUGUCAUUUUAAGAUUAUUAUUCCAUAUUGAGUCCCAUUCGUUCAGAUUUAUAUUCUGUCCUAUAUUUUUGGCCCAUGCUAACAUCGGUUCUUUAACUACUUCCUCUGCCAUAUCGUACUCCAAUAAGUAAUUAUAUAAUUUAGCUAGAAUUUUGUCGUCCAUACCCAUCCAUAUCUUGUCGAAUCCAUUUAUGCUCAUUUCAAUGCCAAAUUCCUCCUUAUCUUUUUUAUAUCUGGAUUUAAUUUGGUUAUAUGGCCACCAGUCUAUAGAAAUACCUUGUUCCAUCAAUUCUUCCCUUGUUUUAAGGUUCCCUCCCCCAUCUAAUAAUUCAUAAUUCAACAUGGCUUCAGUACGGGAAGUGUCCAGUUUCACCGAAGACCUGCUGUGCCCCAUUUGCCUCUGCCUCUUUCGGGAGCCCCGCAUGCUAAAGUGCGGUCACAGCUUCUGCGCUUCCUGCCUGAAGCCCUGCAUCCCCAAAGGGCAAAGACGGGGCCUCUGCCCCGAAUGCCGUCGCCCCUUCACUUUACGCUGCAUAACGAUCAACCGAGCCCUCUGCAGCUUGGCCGAGAAGGCCCAGCUUCUGAAACUGGAUGAAGGGACUCAGCAGAGUGACACCGGAGGCUGGUUCUUCUGUAAGGAACACGAGGAGCCUCUCAAGCUCUUCUGCAGCCAAGAUGGGGAGCCCGUUUGCGUCAUCUGCCGGGACUUGCCUCAGCACCGGGGACAUGACUUCCUGCCCAUCAAAAAUGCGGUUCAGACUUAUCAGGAGCAGCUGAAGGCAUCUCUGGAGCCUCUUGAGGAAGGUCUCAGGUGGUUGAAAAGGAGCCAGUGCCACCAGCAGGAGAACAUUAUUGAAUUAAAGACCUGCUCCGAAUCCUUGUCUGAUCAUAUCUCUGAAGAGUUUAUGAAGAUGCACCAGCUGCUGAACGACAGAGAGCGGGCUAUAAAACAGGCCUUAGAAAACCAGCGAGAAAAGAACUUGGCUCAGAUGGAAACCAAGUUAAAGGAACUGAACUGCAAGAUGGCUUCAUGUUCAGAAACUCUGUGCCGUGUACAGGCCAGCCUUGAAUGCACGGAACACAUAAGUUUCCUUAAGGAGGCAAAAGAGUUGCUAGAGAGGGUCCGUAAGGAACAAGAAGCUCUGGAUGAACCCGAACUAGAUGCUGAACUGGUAAGAGAAGAUGGGCUGGAGACCAGCAGUGAAGACACAGAUGAGUAUGAGAAUGAGACUGAUGAAGAUUUUGAUGAGGAAGAAGAAGAGGAGGAGGAGGAAGAAGAAGAAGAGGAGAAGGAAGAGGAUGAAGAUGGAGUGGUGGCUGUAGAUUUGAACCUGGGCGAGUUUAAAGGACCUCUGCAAUUCUAUGUCUGGAAGAAGCUGCUGGGUGAGCUACAUCCAGUCCCUGCAAGCAUCAGUUUGAACUGGAACUCAGCUCAUCCCAAUUUGGUCGUUGUGGAAGAAGCCACCGGGGUCAAGUUCAGUCCUGGCCGACGAUUUUGGCGACGAAAGCUGGAGCGCUUCACCUCCACCCCGUGUGUGGUGGGACGGAAGGGCAUUACCACUGGCUGCUUCUACUGGGAGGUCGAUGUCGAGGACAGCAACAAUUGGAUAGUGGGGAUGGCCAAAAAGUCUGUGAAGCGUAAGGAGAAGCUGAACUUUCUGCCCAAGGAAGGGGUGUGGGCUAUUGAGCUGAAGGCCGGAGAGUACCAAGCUCUGAGUGAGCCCCGUACGUCCCUCUCGGUCUGCGGGGAGAUGGAAAAAGUUGGGGUUUACCUGGACUUUGAAUGGGGGCAGCUCUCUUUUUACAACAGCAGCAGCAUGACCCACCUCUACACCUUCCAAGCAUGCUUCCAUGAAGAGAUGCUCCCCUUUCUCAGCACUCGCAGCAGCUACCCCCUCUUAGUGAGGGUCCUGGAGCUGUGAGAGUUUAGCUCAUGGUGUAGCAUUGCAGAGAACAGCCUGGUGAAAAUUGAAAACAUUGAGAUGCAUUAAGUCCAUGCUAUUCCCUCUUUGCAAGCAAUCUCUCAAAGAUUCGAAACUGGUCUGACCUGACUAUUGUGGUCUAUGAUGGUUGUUCUAGGUGCAGAGACUGCUAUAAGUGUAGCUUUCAAGUUGACCUUCUAUUUCCCACAUGCUUAAUUUUCUUGACCCAUUGACCGUAGUGAGGCUAGAGGUUACCUCCGUCCACCUGUGGUGCAAGGUAUUUUACCUGCUUUCAGUGCAUUCCACUGCAGGCAAAAACAAUGAAGGCAAGCCAUACUUCCUGCCCUUGGUUGGGAAGGCCUUAGUAGAGAUGUUCAAAUAUUCCAAUACUUAGUUGUGUUUGUAUCUGUAACAAGUUAUGAUUUUCCUCAUCACCCUAUAAUGCUAUAGGGCAUUCCACAUCAAAACAACUAGAAAAACUUUCACCUUAUCACUUUCACAAAAUGUUUUAUCAAUCUGAUUUUUAUGUGGCGACAAAAAUAACUUUGUCAGGUCAACAAGUGCCAUGUCACUGGAGAUUCUCAGUCAUGCAGGUCAUGGUGGUCCCAAAGGUGGUUUUUCAAGAGACUGUUGAAAAAGUUGAGAGAGGGCGGAUACAUUUUGGAGAGAGAGGACCACUGCUCAAGAGUACUCAAAGAGGCCAUCUAUGUCAAACUUGAACAGCCCUCUCUCAACAGACCUAGGCUUACUGAGUCAUUACAAGACACAAUUAGUCCCAAACAAACCUAUUGUCAGUGUUCCAAAUUAUUGUAACAGCUGAGAAUUACGUUCAUUCCCAGAUGAGUCCCAAUUAAUUGCCAAGAAAGUCCUUCGGAAGAAGUCCUUCAGGAUAAUCACCAACCUUUAUCUUCUUUAACACCCUGCCAAAGGCCGGCCUUGGCAAAGCCCCACAAAGUUCAGAAACAAACAAGAGAUGCCGACUGGAAACAGAGUUAGCAACGUUGCUUUCCUACAAAAGGCCCAAGUGCCUUUGUUUCUCUUUUAAGCCUUAAGGGAGGGGCCAAUCAUCUCCUGGCCUUAUUCCCGAGACGUCCCUUUUGCUUUAGCUGCUCUUGCCUUCUGGCAGCUCUGUGCAUGCAUGCACACACUAGGAACAGGCUCCUCCUGUUCCACUGCCUCUCUGCUGUCCGACUCUGGGGGCUCUGGAGUCCAUGCAUCAUUCCCAGAUGGCCCUGGCCCCAUCACUGCCUCCGAUGCAGAGCCCUCAUCCGGGCAUUCCACAGACUCCACUGUCCGACUCCGCUGCCAGCUCCACAGGCUGCUGGCGGACCACAAGAAGGGAGGGAUACGACAUCCAUCUCCAAUCUACAAUGCAGUCCUUUCAGCAGUUCCAAGAAGGCUCCACAUCCAUUUGCACCACUCAGGUGACCUUGAGGACACAGACAAACCUCCAAGUGCUUCAAAGACCCUCUAAAAGAAUGCAAAUGACCAGCUGUCUGCAAGGAGUAUAAAUCCUUCCAUUCCCCUCCAUCCAGUCAGAGCUGAAGAAGCGAAAAGUCUUCAAAGAAAAAACAAAGCCUGGUUGCCUCUUGAAAAAGCACCUUUGGGACAACAAGUGCCAUGUUUUUUCUGUCCUGGAACCAAAUUAUUUUGGAGUGGCCAUUUCUUUUUAAUGUAAUGCAGCUCUCCUGCAUAGCUGUCCCAUUUGCAUAUAUAACGUAUUUGGCCUAUCUCAACUGCCUCUAUUUCUGGAUCUCAACAGAUAUUCCAGUUGUGCUUGAUAUAACAGAUGUGUUUUAAGAACAGUUCUAUAUUUUUAUGUUUCUUUCGUGUGUGCAGCACAGACCACAGAUCAUGAGUAUAUGAUGUCAUUAUAUAACAACAGAAUAUUUCUACAAAGCAACAUGUGAUAGGUUACAGGGUUUUUUUCCUGAUUAGCAGCCAGAAAGAAAGUGCAGCAUGAAAAAUUUGGCAGUCAAAGUAUGUAAUUAUAUAAUAGAUAUUUCCAAUAUAUACGAAUUGAAGCAGUAGAGUCAGGGACAUAAACAUUAAAAACUGAUAGAGAAAAAAAAACCUGGACUGCUCAGAUUUGGGUUUUCCCAGAUGUGCCAGUAUACCUAUUCUAAUAAAUGGAACUUUGAAAAAUGCCUGCCUCGGAGUUUUUACUUGGAGUUGGGGACUUUCUGGAAUGCUGACAGACAUGUUAAUCUGUUGGACCUAGAAUUGACAAGGCAUCUCCAGAUGGAAGAGUAGGAGACAAGAUCUUCCACUCAAGGAUUUUGAAGCAGUCUACUUACUGUCCAAUAUGUUUGCGUUCAACAGAAGAGUAGUUCAAGUGUUGUACGGUGAAGAUGUUACCCAGUUGGGUAAUAAAAUGCAAGGAAACAUCCAAGAUCAGGGAGCACCAAGGACUCCAGAUUUGCUUGCCUACGUUUUCCACCAGAGAAGAAGAGAAAAAAAUGCAAUCAUAAAAAGAGGAAUGGCUAUAUACUGUAAAAGGAAAGAAAUUGUGUAUUUAUAUAUUAAGUCAAAAUAAAAAUGACCAACCUGAAUUUUAGAGGUUUGCACCAAAAUGAACAGUAGAUGCUUUUCAAACAGGAAAACAUGAUAGACAAAUUAUGUGCAUAUGACAUGCUUUCACAUAUAGUAUGUAGACACAUGGAUACAGUACAUGUACAUAUCACCACCAUGAUUAUUGCAACUCUUGUAAGUUAGCUAUUCUCAUGUCCCUACGUAGACCUAUAAGAUCUGGGCCACAAAAACCCAGAUAAUAUACGAAAUAGCAGCAAAGCCCUAAGUUUUUGCCUUCCCUAAAGAUGCCUUUUUAAAGAUUUGUCCUUAUUUCCAGCAGGAACUUUAAUAAUAAAUUCCUUUGCUUUUGUGCCUGAUUUGCGAUCUUGACUUCUCUUUUAUUAUGCUUCCUGGCCCCACAGAAUUUUGGAAAGCAAUUAUGCAUAAAUGACCCAGACUUCAUCUGUUGAUCUAUCUUUCAGGAUAAUAUAAUAGCACUUAUAUAUCGCUUCAUAGUGCCUUACAGCCCACUCUAAGCAGUUUACCGAGUCAGCGUGUUGCCCCUAACAAUUUGGGUCCUCAUUUUACUGAGCUCGGAAGGAUGGAAGGCUGAAUCAACCUUGAGCCAAUCAGGGUCAAACUACUAGCAGUGAGCUGAAUUAGCCUGCAAUACUGCAUUCUAACCACUGCGCCACCACUGCUCUUAAUGCUCUGAAAAUCAAAAUGAAACCAGAAAAAUAAAGAUGGCAUUUCAAAAAGGGCAGGUUCUGGAGCAUUGGAGUGAGCCAAGGUGGCACAGUGGUUGGAAUGUAGUACUGCAGGCUAAUUCUGCUGACUGACUGACUGCAAUUUGGCAGAUUGAAUCUCGCCAGACUCAAGGUUGACUCAGCCUUUGACCCUUCCGAGGUGGGUAAAAUGAGCACCCAGAUUGUUGGGGACAAUAGGCUGGCUCUGUAGACCACUUAGAGAGGGCUGUAAAUGCCCUGUGAAGCGGUAUAUAAGUCUAGUGCUAUUGAUAUUUCAGGAGACUCAGCUGAGUGGGAGAUGGGGUUACAGCUUGGGAUGCUGCCAACUGCUCAACGAUCCCCUACCUUCUGUAAGAAGUAAUUACGCACCUCCCCUCCCCCCCAGAGAAUGAAAUAUUUUGGGGAAUAUCAAAAGAGGCAGAAUAUUAUAUUUCCCCAAAGUAGAAAUGGGGAAACGUGCUCUUAAAGGCAGAAAGUAGCCCCAGUUUUCUGCAUAGUAAGACAGCCCCCAGCAGAUGCCUGAACUCUUUAGAGAUGAUUAUUUUGUGCCCAUUCAGGAAGACUGGGCCAAUCUUUUCACAAAAACUUUAAAGUCACAGAAACCUAUUAAGAUCCAUCCACUCCUUCAGCCAAUUUGUCAGCUGUCCCAGAACUACUUGCUCUUGUUGGUUCUGCUCAUCAAUAAACAGAGUCCUUCUUUCCA